UUCAACCUUGCAAUUCGUGACCUACCAGAGGUUCUUGCAGAAGCAAAAAGGGCUCUUUGUGGUGAGGUGGUGACAGCCCGCUUACCCCUUUGUGUGGAAAUAUCACUGCGCACAGUGGAGGGUGACACAAUGAUGUUGGAGACAUGGUGCCUGGGUGUUCUUCCUGAGCAGUGUGACCCAUCAGUCCGUGUCACAUACACUGUCUACAACAGGAUGGGCAUUCUUCUCAAGUCUCUUGUGUCUGUAACAAGAGUCACACCAGCCUACAAACUGUCACGGCGCCAGGGACCAGAUUCUUAUGUCAUCUGCUACCGUAUCUAUAUGGGGGAGCCUCAGUUACACAACCUCGGAGAGGGCUAUAACCAAGUGAGAGUAGGGCAGCUGUGUACCCCAGUGGGGACACUGCAUCUGUCGGUGUCCUACCGCACAAAGAUGACUAUCUCACCGCAGAGCACCUGCAAGGAUAAUUCUAUCAUGCUGAAGAGUGACCACUUCCAUCCCGACCUCAGUCCAAGACACUUACGUUAUCAGCAGAGUGAAGAUAACAGCGUGUCUCUGAGUGACACCAUCAAGGUGGGGGCAUUUGCUGACAGCUGUAGGCAGCCGCAGAUUCCUCUGGAGCCAGACUUGGACUUGCCGAAUGUGCCAUUCAGCAGCCUCCUCACCCCUCGACAGCAGUCACCUCCCCAACCAUCUGUCCAGCCAACUGAACCUCCAGUCGAGACAGGAGGAGGAACUGAGGCAGAGGAUGAUGGGAACGGCAACGUUACCCCCCACUGUGAUUCUCGGCGGUCAAGCUGUUCUGUGGUGUCUACCAACGAGGACUUCAUUAUGGUAGACUUGAAAACACCGUUUGCUGGAGGCAAUUCCAACAGUGAGCUUGGUGCAUUUUACCGGGAAUGCCAAAGUGCGCCGCAACUGAAGACCUUCUCCGAGCAGCCAACGUUGGCUGAACAAGUUGGGGAUAUCAGUAAAACGUUAGAAGCCUUUGAAACGAGCAUGCAGGAGUACGAUGAAAUGCUCAACUCUCUCUGCCUUUCUGAUAACAAUAACUAGAAACUGUAAGUGAAGUGCAUUGCCAGAAAGAAUCUCAGUUUCAGCAGCCCAUCUUUGAGUGUGAAGUACAGUUCUAGUUUUGUCAGAUACUUUGUGUUGCCAAAUUGUUAAUUUCAUUUUCAGACCCUAAGAAAGCUGAGGAUGUCAAAUGAUACAGUUUUUGAUAUUACAUUCCUUGUACUAUUUCACAAGUUUCUAGCUACAAGAGGUACACCCUUCUUGGCCAUCAUGGUAGAUGGAUGCAGACCAUAGAGGUCAGUAAGCUUUUAAUUGGAAAUGCCUGCUUCAACCAAUUACAAAAAGAAAGAACCAUCAUAUUUAUGUAAGAUUUGGUGUUCUGAUGGCCGUAAGCAUUAGAUAACCAUCUUCUGGUUUAUGCCACCAUGUGGUUUCAUGAGUAGCUACCAACUUUCUAGAGAAACCUGGAGAAUGGGACACAUAUACAUAUACCCUUUUUUGCUUAGAAUAACCGAUACUAUGACGACCCAUUGACCUUUCCUCUUGGGACACUCUGUAUAUGUGCAUAUAGGUCACACCCUCUGCAAUGCAUUUUUGCCCCUGUUAUAGUCAGUGUAUGAAGUGAGUUAGUGGGGGGUGGAGUCCAACUGGGUCCACUCGGCACGGCGGCCACUUAUUGGCCUAUUGUAGCCUGCCCCGGG